AUGCUCACUUUCCCUGAUAGUGAUAAUCCUUCAGCAUAUGAUGUGAGCACAGUGUCUGUUCCAUCGUCUUCAGAUGCAUCUAACAGGUUGUCUAUCGUCGAAGAGGUUACAAUUCCGGAUCACCACACAAUAACUGAAACUCACUCUCUGGUACCGCAAUGUUUAUCUGUAAAUACAGACCAGAUUACUACCACAACACCCUCUCCUACAAGAUCUUUGAGGACAGAAUGUGCGUCACUUUCUCUUUUUGACGAAGCAUUCAAUUCUGUAUUUGAACCGGAACUGAGAGAAAACCUCAAAAUACCAGAAAACGUUCAUUCUACAGAAGCAAAUGUUCCCCCAUCUUUACAGAAUCUAGACCUUUCUUCAACUUCAUCAGCAACAGCUAAGACUCUUUCCAAAAGUGACACCACUUUUAGAAAAUUGAAGAAUUAUUCGGAAACGUAA